CCGCGCGUCCCGCCAGCCGCGCGCUUCGGCCAUGGCGAGCCUGGGGCUGAGACCGGCCAAGGGGUACCGGGUGGUGCUGCUGGGCAGCGUGGCGGUGGGCAAGACGGCGCUCGCCACGCAGUUCGCCUGCGGCAGCUUCCCCGAGCAGUGCGAGCCGUCGGUGGAGGAGCUCUUCAGCAAGGUGAUCGAGGUGAACGCGGCGCCCGCCCUUCUGGAGAUCGUGGACACGGUGGGCGCCGAUCACCUGGUCACCCUCAAGGACCUGUACAUCAAGAACAGCGACGGCUUCGUGGUGCUCUACAGCGUGUGCAGCGAGGCCUCGUUCGAGGCGGUGCGGCCGCUGCGCGAGCGCAUGGGCCGGCUGCGGGGGCCCAAGGCCGUGCCGCUGGUGCUCGUAGGCACCAAGGCCGACCUGGACGCCCAGCGCCAGGUGCUGACGUCUCAGGGCCGCGCGCUGGCCCGCGAGUGGCGGUGCCCGUUCCUGGAGGUCACGGCCAAGAGCAAACUGAUGGUGGACCAGGUGUUCACGCAGGUGGUGCGCGAGAUGGAGGCCCUGGCCCCGCCCGAGGAAGUGGUUCCCGCGGUCCCCACCAACGCGCAGGAGACGUGGCCGUCCGAAAGAUUCAUCGGCUGACGCGCGGCGGUUCCUCUUGCCUGUAUUCGUCGCUUUUCGUGAUUUCUGAAGCUCCCUUUGCUCCUCUGCGUUUUUAAAGAAAGUUAUUCCGCUGUGAACAAGUGGUUACUUCUAUAUAUUGACUCAAAUCCGUGCCUCAGACUGUCCACAGAGCUUCUUAAAUAUUUGUCGAGAACUUUGCAGCUGUGUUUACUUCUGACAGUGCUGGAGGAGAAACCAAAAAUCAGUUUUUUACCUCCUGUAUGAAGAAAGCCUACCCUUUUCUUCAGUGGAAUUUGUUACAGGAUUUUUUUUUUGGUCAUAAUUAAUACCUUCCAGUGUCAUCUGACGUUUGAUAUUGAUUGAGGAACAUGAACUGAUGUUUCAGCUUUCCAUUCCAUGAGGCUCUGAUGUGUUUCCCUGUCAUUUACAGCCUUGAAUUGCAGUAGUAUUUUCCUCUCUGCGUACUUCUAAAUAUAGUUAUGACAUACGUAGCCAUGGUUUGAAAGGGAUACUGUAUACUCUGGGAGGGGAAAAAUCAACUGUGUGCUCCGGCAGAGAUAGCUCAGCUCUGCCUUCAGUUUUGUAAUUGACAUCUAGUCGAUUUCUGCAUCUGUCCAUCUGUCGAUUAAGUGAAAAUAAAAUGACUUUAGAAGUCGAUA